AUGUUCAUUUCAAUGUCUGUUCUACACACUCCCUUCACUCAUAUUCCCUACAAUCAUUAUUCACUCUUCAGAAGUAAUAGUGUUGUUGAUUACGCUUCCACAUUCCCCCACUACCUCUCAAAGGAACCAAUCCCCAAAUUAACAUUCGCUUCUUCUUCUUCUUCUCUUCUCCCUACUGUUGUUGAUAAUGGAAGCCACAACAUUUUCAUAUCUAGUAAUGAACAAGAUUCGAAGGAAGAGAAUGAAUUUGUUGAUGAAAAAGAGACGGCGAGAAGAACCCGAAUAGGACUAGCUAACAAAGGAAAAGUACCUUGGAAUAAAGGAAGGAAACACACUUCAGAGACCCGGGAGCUAAUCAGGAUUAGAACAUCAGAGGCUAUGAGAGACCCCAAGGUGAAGAAGAAGAAAGCUCAACAAAUCCAUUCUCAUCAUAGCGAGCAAACCAAGGCAAAGAUGAGUGAUACACAAAGACGAUUAUGGAAAGAGCGGCAGAAGUCAAAGCGUGCGAGGGAGCUGUUUUUCCUCUUAUGGAAACAAAACAUAGCCAAUGCAGCCAUGGAAGGAGGGAGUGGUCAGGAAGAGUUAGGUUGGGACAGCUAUGAUAAGAUAAAAGAACAACUGGAGCUCCACCGAAUUUCACAAACAGAGGGAAAGGAGAAAGAAGAGCUGAUGGCAAUUGCUGGAUCAGAGAAAUUCUUUCAGUCAUGGAUGGAAAACAUAGCCAAAGCAGCCAAGGAAGGAGGGAGUGGAGAAAAAGAACUAGAUUGGGAUAGCUACGAAAAGAUAAAAGAAGAAAUAGUUCUCCUCUAUCAACUUCAGCGUAAAUCAGAGAAGGCAAGAGCCAAAGAGAUUGCAAAAAUGAAAGCUGAGAAAGAAGCACAGAUAAAAGCAAUAAAAAAGGUAAUGCUUGCUCGAAAGAAAAGAGAUCUCCGAGAAGGGACUAAAGUAAGAAAGAAAAAAAAGAGUCAACCAUGCAAAAAUACAGUGCAUGACAAACAUGCCUUGGAAGUUACUCUCAAAUUCGAACUUGGCUCUAAAUUAACUAAAAAUCAUGUUAGUAACAACAUCAGCAAUGAAGUAGCUGAAAAAGGAGACAUUAUGAAUUCAAAUUUUGCAACUCAGUGUAAAUUGGAUUUAGAGCUUAUCAUAAAAGAGAAAAUGAAGAAAAAAGUAUCGCUUGCAGAACAGAUCCAAGCUGCUAAACUCAUAAAGGAGAAGCUCAACUGA